UUUCCUAUAUGUUUGCUUUUCGAAUAUGUAGGGCAUAUUCAAAUUCAAUAACUUGUUCGAAACUCUUUCCAUCGUCGCUUUUAUAGACACGAAUCAAGAUUUAAAUUUCCAUUAGAUCGCAGAAAGUUCGCAGUCGUUGUGCUUCAAUCGAGAUUGAAUUUCAGUGUAAUAGUCUACAUGGAGACAGAUCUAAUUCCGAGUGAACAGACGAGAUAACAAGAAUUAAUAAAGUGCAUUAUGAGAGAAGCGAGAGCGAGAGAUGAGAUAAAUAGGAAAGGAUGAUGGGGCUCGGAGCAAUCGGAACGAGAGUAAGAGAGAAAGUGUGCUUAUAUACCUAUACAUAUAGCACACAUAAAUAGAUCUAUGCGUACCUACACUAGCGCGCACAGAGAGCUGCAAGUGUAAUACAGUAUCUCUUUUCCUCUCAUCUCGCGAGUUGCUGGCUCUGCGUCUUCUCGUUGCGUUCAGCUGAUUCGUCGAGCCUGAAGAGGAUCGAAAGAAAAAAAAUAACACACGUAUACAAAAGUCGCGCUCUCGACAACACACUCAGCGAUAGAGAAUAAAAUCAAAAUCAUCGCGAAGGAAUUACGAGUAUAAGCUGGACCGCAGCAGUUUGAGUGUCGAGGGCGUAGCGGAAGACAAGGAGGAAAAGAAGGAUCCUCGAUGUCGUGAUCAACAAGGGGCGGCUCGAGCAGUCAGUUUGAGGUUAGGGCGCUCAUCCUCCCCCGUCGUCGUCUACUGGGCUCGGGAAUUCCCAGUGUAGUAUGUGACUUCCGGACUUCCCCAAGAGGUGCAGCAGCUCUUCUCUGACGUUUGCGCGCUGCGGAGUCGGAGAGCGACAGAGACGAGCCGCACUACGACGGCUACUCGGGACGAGAGUAGAGUGAGUGAGAAAGGAAUAUAAAGAACAGAGAGAGAGAGAGAGAGAGAGAGAGAGAGAGAGGACGCUGCUCGACGCCAUGAUGGACGGGAUAUGCGACACCACGGACAUCAUCAACAGUGUGCCCACUAAGAAGACAAUAUCCAAUGAAUCCUCGCUGGAGCACAAUGACAAGGCACUGCAGGUUGACAUUUCCGAUGCGCUUAGUGAAAAAGACAAAGUCAAGUUUACGGUCCACACAAAGACUACAUUGCCCGAUUUCCAAAAGUCUGAAUUUUUCGUAGUUAGACAGCACGAGGAGUUUGUUUGGUUACACGACAGAUUCGAGGAGAACGAAGAGUAUGCUGGUUACAUUAUUCCACCUUGCCCUCCAAGACCUGAUUUCGAUGCCUCUAGAGAGAAGCUGCAGAAACUUGGUGAAGGCGAGGGCAGUAUGACACGAGAGGAAUUUAUGAAGAUGAAACAAGAAUUGGAAGCGGAAUAUUUGGCUACUUUUAAGAAAACUGUCGCGAUGCACGAAAUGUUUUUAACUCGCCUUGCACACCAUCCAGUGUUCCGAAAUGACCACAACCUCAGAGUUUUUCUAGAGUACGAUCAAGAUCUCUGUGUCAGAGGUAAAAACAAAAUGGAAAUGUUUGGUGGUUUGAUGAAGUCUUUUUCUAAAACAAAAGAUGAGUAUUACUUGUCAGCCACAGUUAAAGAUGUCAAUGACUUCUUUGACCAAGAAAUGACAUUUCUUACACAAUACCACCAUAAUUUGAAAGAGGCGACAAGUCGCGCCGAUCGUCAAACGACAAAGCACAAAGACGUGGCUGAUUCAUACAUUAAAAUUUCUACUAACCUUUUACAACUUGCCACAACGGAUACGGGAAAGCUUGAAAAGUUAUUAACAAAAAUAGCCGAAACGUUUGAAAAACUUCGGAAAGUAGAAGGUCGCGUAGCGUCCGAUGAAGAUUUGAAACUUUCCGAUACUUUACGCUAUUAUAUGAGAGAUACAGCAGCUGCGAAGCGGUUGUUGAUCCGAAGGUUAAAGGCGUUGCAUACCUACGAAACUGCGAAUAGAGCUUUGGAAAGAGCACGUGCCAAAAAUAAGGAUGUUCAUGCCGCGGAACAGGCUCAAACUGAAGCGUGUUCUAAAUUUGAGCAAAUGUCGGAUAAAGGAAAAGAAGAACUUUUGGAUUUCAAAACAAGAAGAGUAGCUGCCUUUAAAAAGAAUCUUAUCGAUCUUACCGAGUUCGAAAUAAAGCACGCCAAGGCUCACGCGGAAAUGCUUAAAAAAUGUUUAUCAGUCCUCCAAAGCGAGUGAUUUACAAAGAAAGUAAUUUGCUAAUUGUCUACACUAUAAGCGAACAGAAUAAAUGCAAAUAACGAUGUAUUUAACAGAUUGCGAUAUCUAUUAUACUGUAUAAAAUAUUAUAUUUUUUGUUAUUCUAAGCCGCAUUAGCGCGCCAAGUAAAAAGUUAAGCAUUGAGAAAAGUAAGAUAAUUAGGUAUGUCGAGUGAUUGUAUCAAGGGGUGAAUGAAUUUUCUAUAUCGUUUCCAGGCUGUAAAAAGCUUAAAAGCGUAGCUUUUCGAUUACGAGAAAAAAAGUCUUUUCCAUAUAAAAUGCAAUCGAUAAUAUUUGCAUAAAAAAAAUUGUUUCAUUUUAAUGCACAUAACAUUUAGAAAUCUCCUUAUACAGUCGAAAACUUUUUAUCUGUUAUGUUUACUAUUGAUUUACUAUGGUUCUUUAUAUAUUAUCAUGUAAAUGAAAAAUAGACAUGUAUAAAUUAUAUAUAAAUAUACAUAUGUAACGGUAAACUUGUAUACAUAUGAUUAAUGUUUUCAUUGAUAGAAAUACAAUAAAAAAAAUAUGAAUUUGGAA